UGGGCCCGUGGUUGCCCACCGCCUGAGAUCUGCAAGCUGCAUGCCCACGAGUGCCCACUUGGACUUUUGCUGUCAGAGAUAGCAGCAAUGACAUCAAAAUGGAGAGCUACUGCAUCUUGGUAUUCUCACCCAGUAUAUACAAGAUACUGGCGACAUUAUCAUCAUGCAAUGUUUUGGAUGCGAAGCCACCAGAAUGCCUACAGAAAGUCCCGGGAUUCCCAUUUCAUGUCCCCGUGGUUCUCCCCUCAUGGAGUUCUUCCGUGGAACUCUCUUGCUUAUGAGGCUAGGCAUCCGUGGAAUAUUCAAGGCCAGCACAUGGCCUGGCAGGAGCCUCCCUACAGUGUUUCACAUCUCCAAAGCUCUGGACAGCCUCUGUGUGAUAGCAGUAGAACCCAGGCCUCCACAAGAGAAGAUGAAGCCUUGCAUGAAGAUGAAGAGAUGGAGUCCGAUUCAGAUAACGAAGUAGAAUGCAACUUGAGCAAUAUGGAAAUCACUGAGGAGCUCCGCCAGUACUUUGCAGAGACCGAGAAGCACCGAGAGGAGCGGCGGCGACAACAACAAUUAGACACAAAGCGCCUGGAAAACUAUGUGAAUGCCGACCACGGCCUGUACUACAACCACCACCUGUCAGCGGAGCCCCCAUCCGAGAAGCCUGGGGAGCGGCGCCAAGCGGAGAUGAAGCACCUGUAUGGGGACAGUGCCCUCAAGAUCCUGGCCAUGGAGGCUGCUGUGCAGCUGAGCUUUGACAAGUACUGUGACAAAAAGCAGCCAAAAUACUGGCCUGUCAUUCCCCUCAAGUUCUGAGUCCUGGGCACAGGG